AUGGAGUAUCACCACACCUCAGAGAUGAACGGUGUAGUUGCAGAUUACUUUAGCAUGUGCAACGAGCCUGAACGCAACAGUUUGUGCAGAGAAGAGAAGCACUCCGAGGACGCUGCCGAUUCAAACAACCUGUGUCACAUUGAGAAAGCUUACAGCACCAUACUGAGUGAGCUUGGAGAGGACGUGGACCGGGAGGGACUUUUACGUACACCACUACGAGCAGCCAAAGCCAUGCAGUUCCUCACCAAAGGCUACAAAGAAACGACCCAAGAUAUCUUGAACGACGCAAUCUUUGAUGAAAACCAUGAAGAGAUGGUGAUUGUCAAAGACAUCGAUUUGUUCUCUCUCUGUGAACAUCACCUGGUGCCCUUCUAUGGCAAGGCUCACAUAGCAUAUCUACCAAACAAGAAAGUGGUUGGUCUCAGCAAACUCGCAAGAAUUGUUGAGAUCUACAGCAGGAGGCUUCAAGUUCAGGAGCGUCUAACCAAACAGAUCGCUUCCGCCAUCUCUGAGGCGCUGGAGCCUGCUGGAGUGGCAGUGGUGAUUGAGGCUGCCCACAUGUGCAUGGUGAUGAGAGGUGUGCAGAAGAUGAACGCCAGCACUGUUACAAGUGUCAUGCUGGGAAGAUUUCAUGACGAUCCCGAAGUCAGGACGGAGUUUCUGGCUCUUACAAUGAAGAAGUAA